GGUGCCCUCCCUCCCACCACCCAUUACCCCCCCCCCGCCCCGGUGCCGCCCCCCCCCCGGGGCGGAUCCCGGGGGCGGUCAGAGGCCGCGGUGAUGGGCACGGGGCCAUGGGGUGCGGCACGGUGCUGUUGGUGGUCGCCUACGCUGGGCUGCUGUUGCUGGGAGCACUGGGGCUGUGGGCGCUGGAGGGGACACCCGGGACCCCCCGGAUUCCUGGGACCCCCAAUGCCUCCGAGUGGGACCUCACCACCGCCUUCCUCUUCACCACCCUCCUCACCACCGUGGGCUACGGCUCGGUGGCCCCCCUCUCGGCAACCAGCAAAGCCUUCUGCAUGGCCUACGCCAUGGUGGGCGUCCCCAUCACCAUGUUGACAUUGACGGCAACCGUCCGACGGUUGACAGUGCCCUUGGUCCACUGUCCCCGGUUGUACCUACAGGUGCGAUGGAGCUACAGCCAGCAUGGGGCUGCCCGUACCCACUUUGUCUUCUUGGUGGGGGUCACCUCGGGGGUCUUGGUGCUUCUCCCCGCCGCCAGGUUCUACGUCCUUGAAGGUACUUGGACCUACUUGGAUGCCGUCUACUUCUGCAUCAUCUCUCUUUGCACCAUUGGGUUGGGGGAUCUCAUGCCGGCCGAGCAACCGGGUCAACUGUUGAGGCAACUCUACCAAGUAGCUGUAGCCGUGUAUCUGCUGCUGGGGUUAACGGGCGUCCUGCUGUUGGCACAGACCUUCCAUCAGUUGGCCGAGCUCCACGGCAUCACCAGCGUUGCUGGCGGCAUCUCGGCACCGGAUGAAGCCACUGAGUUGUUGGAGGGGAUGAGGGAUGGGGAGAAACCAGCUGGGGGGGGCCAAGAGGAGGGGGAGGUCCCCAAUCCCACGAGGACUUCCAAAUCCCAUGGCAGGGGGGUCCCAGUGUCAACGAGGGGGUCCAAGUGCUAG